UUCAAUUUUCAUUUGAGAAAGUUCAUAUGGGUACGGAUCAAAAUCCCAAAUGCGCACAGAAUGAAAGCGUUGCUCCUGCAACUGCUUUGGCUUAUCUUGAUCCAAACUACUGGGACGAGCGUUUCUCCAAAGAAGAACAUUAUGAGUGGUUUAAGGAUUAUUCCCAUUUUCGAAAUCUCAUACUUCCUCUUCUCAAACCCGAUUCAUCAGUGUUGGAAUUGGGUAGUGGAAAUUCGAAGCUUUCUGAGGAGUUAUAUAACGAUGGAAUUACUGAUAUAACAUGCAUUGAUUUGUCAGCUGUUGCUGUUGAGAAGAUGAAAAAACGUUUACAUUUGAAGGGUAUGAAAGAAAUAAAGGUGCUAGAAGCUGACAUGCUAGACAUGCCUUUCGGUGACGAAUGUUUUGACGUCGUUGUCGAGAAAGGAACUAUGGAUGUCUUGUUCGUGGAUGGCGGUGACCCGUGGAAUCCUCAACCAUCGACGCGAUCGAAGGUCAUGGCAAUGCUUGAAGGUGUUCAUAGGGUCUUGAAGAAAGAUGGCAUUUUUGUCUCAAUUACAUUUGGCCAGCCGCAUUUCAGGCGCCCCUUAUUCAAUGCGCCCGAGUUUACUUGGUCGUUUGAGUGCAGUACUUUUGGCGAUGGAUUUCAUUACUUCUUCUACACCUUGCGUAAGGGAAGGCGAUCAUCGGAUGAUAAAGAUGAAGGUGAGAGAUCAAUUACACCGUCGAUCUGUUUACUUCAAGACGAGCUAGAGGGUGAAGAUUACAUGUUCAGAACGGACGUCGAUGAGCUGAAUUGCUAGUAGUAGUAUUAUCGUAUCCGUUUUUGUUUAAUGAAUUGUACAUCAAAAUCAAUCAUAGUUUCACUGAGAUGUUAUUCUGGCAGUUAGUUUUUCCCCCAAGUUCUUAAUGGUUUAAGGCUUUAUAUAUUGCUAUUCAUAUUUGUACA